AUGGUUGCUCCGGCCCUUGACCAGGGCGUCGGAUAUGGCGUGGUGCUGGGCCUCGGCCUCGCCUUUGCCCUUGGCAUGAUCCUCGUUACAUUCAUUCUCAAACGCUACAACGCAGAGCAGCAAACUUCUGAAAUGUUUACAACAGCUGGCCGUACCGUCAAGUCGGGUCUGGUCGGCUCUGCUGUCGUCUCGUCGUGGACCUGGGCCGCCACACUUUUGCAGAGCACAGCCGUCUGCUACCGCUACGGUGUUUCUGGCCCUUUCUGGUAUGCCUCUGGUGCCACCGUCCAGGUGCUGCUAUUUGCUACCCUCGCCAUUGAGCUAAAGCGCCGUGCUCCCAAUGCCCACACCUUUCUUGAAAUCAUCAAGGCGCGCUACGGCACCGUGGCCCACAUGGUCUUCCUCGUCUUCGGCCUGGCCACCAACAUUCUCGUGUCGCUGAUGCUCAUCAUUGGUGGUUCAGCCACUGUCAAUGCCCUGACCGGAAUGCACACAAUCGCGGCCAUCUACCUGCUGCCGCUGGGUGUCGUUGCGUACACGCUCGUGGGCGGCCUCAAGGCCACCAUCCUGACAGACUGGAUCCACACCUUUAUCUUGCUCAUCAUUCUCAUCAUCUUUGCGCUGACGACCUAUGCGUCCUCCGAUCUUCUUGGCUCGCCGGCGGCCGUGUACGACCUACUUGUCCAGGCGGCCAACGACCACCCCAUUGACGGCAACGCGCACGGCAGUUACCUCACCAUGCGCUCGAAGCAAGGCGCCAUCUUUUUUGUUAUCAACAUUGCCGGCAACUUUGCCACCAUCUUCAACGACAAUGGCUACUGGAACAAGGCCAUUGCCGCCUCACCCGUUCACGCCCUUCCCGGAUACAUCAUGGGCGGCCUGAGCUGGUUCGCAAUUCCCUUCCUGGCCUCCACAACCUUAGGUCUGGCUGCACUGGCUCUCGAGUCCAACCCUGUUUUUCCGACUUUCCCCAACCGCAUGGCUGAGUCCGAGGUCUCGGCCGGUCUGGUGCUGCCAUAUGCCGCCGUUGCACUGCUCGGAAAGGGGGGUGCAGCCGCGACGCUGCUGAUUGUGUUCAUGGCCGUGACGUCUGCCACAUCGUCGGAGCUGAUCGCUGUUUCGUCCAUCUUUACCUACGAUAUCUACCGCACGUACAUCAACCCGGCUGCCAGCGGUCGUCGCCUCGUGUGGAUGAGCCACUGCAUGGUCGUUGGCUACGCCCUGUUCAUUGCCAGCUUCUCCGUCGGUCUAUGGUAUGCCGGCAUCAGCAUGGGCUACCUGUACCUCAUGAUGGGUGUCAUCGUCUCGUCGGCCGUUCUUCCCGUGACGCUAACCCUCACCUGGUCCGGCCAGAACAAGUGGGCUGCUUCCCUCACGCCGGUCCUGGGCUUGGCCCUGGCCCUUGUUGCGUGGCUCGUUACGGCCAAGAAGCAGUGCGGUGUGCUUGAUGUCGACUGUACUGGCUCCAAUGAACCCAUGCUGGCUGGCAAUGUCGUGGCCCUGCUCUCGCCCCUCGUCCUGAUCCCGGUCUUCACGCUCAUCUUCGGCCUCGACAAGUAUGACUGGAAGUCUAUGAUGGACAUUCGCCAGGGAGACGACGCCGAUGUCGAUGGUGUAGUUGUCGACGCCGAUCUGGAAGACAGCGUGCCGGCCCCGCGUGUUGCCACUGCUAUUUCUGGACCCGAAUUCGAAGAAGAGCAGAAGAAGCUCACGCGUGCUGGUAGAAUCAGCAAGGUAAGCACGGUCUUUUUGGCCGUGUCCUUCUUGGUGCUGUGGCCGAUGCCCAUGUAUGGCUCGGGUUACGUGUUUUCCAAGCCCUUCUUUACCGGCUGGGUCACUAUCGGUAUUAUCUGGAUAUUCCUGUCGCUCUGCGCUGUCGGCAUCUACCCUGUCUUUGAGGGCCGCAAGACUCUGGUGCACACAUUGAAGUCCAUUGGCCGUGAUCUGGUGGGUAAGGGCCCCAGAACGCGGCGCACGGCCAUCGAGGCUGAAGCUGUCGACGGUGCCGGUGCAUCAGGCUAUGCAACGCCCACUGAGAAGAAGGAGCCGCAUGCUGGUGAGACACUGGUGUCACCGCAGUAA